CCGUUGUUGCUCUCCCGGGAAACUACUGCCGGAGUGUCGGGCUGUGGGCCGCGCGUCCCGGCUCUCCUCCCAGGGCCGCCAUGGUUCUACUGCACGUGAAGCGUGGCGACGAGAGCCAGUUCCUGCUGCAGGCGCCCGGGAGCACCGAGCUGGAAGAGCUCACGGUGCAGGUGACCCGGGUCUACAACGGAAGGCUCAAGGUGCAGCGCCUGUGCUCAGAAAUGCAAGAAUUAGCAGAACUUGGGGUCUUUCUCCCUCCCAAUAUGCAAGGGCUGACUGAUGAGCAGAUUGAAGAACUGAAGCUGAAGGACGAGUGGGGAGAAAAGUGUCUUCCCAGUGGAGGUGCAGAAUUUAAGAAGGAUGAUCUUGGACGAAGGAAUGGACAAGCUCCAAAUGAAAAAAUGAAGCAAGUGUUAAAGAAGACCGUAGAAGAAGCCAAAGCCAUAAUAUCUAAGACACAAGUGGAAGCCAAUGUGUGUGUGACCAUGGAGAUGGUGAAAGAUGCCCUGGACCAACUGCGCGGUGCCGUGAUGAUUGUGUAUCCCAUGGGGCUGCCCCCCUACGACCCCAUCCGGAUGGAAUUUGAAGAUAAAGAAGACUUGUCAGGAACUCAGGCAGCCCUCAGCGUCAUUAAAGAAUCAGAGGCCCAGCUGUGGUGGGCAGCCAAGGAGCUAAGACGAACAAAGAAACUUUCAGACUAUGUGGGGAAAAAUGAAAAAACCAAAAUUAUCGUCAAGAUUCAGCAACGGGGCCAGGGAGCUCCAGCCCGAGAGCCGCUCAUCAGCAGCGAGGAGCAGAAGCAGCUGAUGCUGUAUUAUCACAGGCGGCAGGAGGAACUCAAGAAAUUAGAAGAAAAUGAUGAUGAUUCCUGUUUAAAUUCUCCCUGGGCGGAUAACACUGCUUUGAAAAGACAAUUCCAUGGAGUGAAAGACAUAAAGUGGAGACCAAGAUGAAGCUCACCUGCUGGCAAAAGGAAGCUUUCAGCAACACCCACGCAUCAUCUUGCUGUUAGAUGUGAUAACAAUAAUAAAAAGAGUGCCCACGACCCUUUACAAAAGAUGUUGACAUUUCUAUUUUUUUCUACUUUUUUCAUUUGAAUUUUUGAAAUUGGGGUUAUUUAAGGCUGUAGAACUUAAUAAAUACAUCUCU